AUUUGUUUUAUUCCUACUCACUACCUAAAAGGAAGCUAUUAUUUAAACUCACUUCUUCUAAAUUGCGUUAUCGUUUCUAAUUUUAAUAGUGUUCUGCAAAGUUUAAAGUGAAUUUUAUAAAUACAUAAAAGAAUAAAUACCAAACAAUAAUGACAUCGGCUGAAAAAGGAGAACAGCUUUCUUUCGGCGAUAGAAAUUACGGAUUAUCUACAAUGCAAAAAUGGCAUGAACAUAACCAAAGAGUUUUGAAAGGAGAUAUAAUAGGUAUCACAGAUGAUAACACAUCUAUAACCAAAAACUGCAUAGUUAAAGUGAAUCAAACAUCUUGUGAUGAUUAUAGUGACACCACUGAUCAAUUAAAUCACAGAGCCAGACAUAUAAAUUAUUGGAAAGAUGAAUUAGAAAGAGCUAUAAAAGAUAUAGACGCAGAAAUUGAUGUUUUAGAAGCGCUAAGACAGCAAGUUAAAAAUGCAAUGGACACCUUGAAAAUACCCGAAUACAUUACGGAAGAAUGCUUAGACAUGAGAAGGAAUAGAAUGCAAUCAGAUCUGAUAUACGAUGAGCCGCAAGAGGAAUUAUUUACGGAAUCAGCAUUAAUUGAAAACAUAAAAAAAUUACACAAUGAAAUGCUUAGAGAUAUUGAAAAUCAAAUGAAAAUGAACGUAGCAGCGAAGACUGCUUUAGAAUCAGAUUGGAGUAAUAAAUAUCUAGCUUUCAAAUAUGAAACGGCUAAUGUAGAGUUGAAGACUAAAUCUGAACAAGUUAAAGAUAUCGCCGGAGCUACAAGAUUAUCUGAAGGACAAUCGGAUGUACCUUCGUGGGAACAAUACACGGUUAACGCAUUACUACAAUUCAAAUCUGCUAUAGAUAAGUCUAAAGCACUGAGAAGCAAAGUAGAGGCUAUACUGAUAAAUAGCGCAAGAGAUUUGAGAUCACAAGAUGUAAAAGUGAACGAAGCUUUGACAAAGCGAAUAGCUAGAACUGAACAAGUUAAAACAGAUUUGGAGAAUCAGCUGAGAUUGACGCUGAACAAAAUAGUCGAGACUGAGAAUUUAUUGGAGACAUUACACGAUGAAAUGAUGAAGGUAUCGCAACGGAUACAAGUGGCUCAAACGAGACUGAACACUAAAAACAUCAGGCCCAACGUUGAGAAUUGUAGAGAGGGAUCUUUGAUCGGUCUUUUAGAUGAAGUAAGGGAUUUGAAUGACAGCAUGAGUUUGUUACAGAAAAGGUCCCUGGAAACGGAGAAAUUAAGGGCGGAUUUGAUACAUGAAAGAUCGCUACUGGAGAAUGAAAUAAUGGUGAAGAAGAAGACGAUAUAUUUGGACAACGAGAGAUGUCUGUUUUUGCGAUCGCAUUUUCAGUCUGCCGAGAAGCUGUGUGGCUUUUAGACGGCGCACUUUGAAAGUAUAUUUAC